AUGGGUCUACUGAGUUCUAAAAACCCCAAAACCAAGCAAGCCCGGAUUCUUCUUCUGGGACUUGACUCAGCUGGGAAGUCUACGCUCCUUUACAAAUUAAAGUUUGCUAAGGAUAUUACGACCGUCCCAACAAUAGGUUUCAACGUGGAGAUGAUCGAGUUGGAAAAGAGUUUUUCACUCACAGUCUGGGAUGUUGGAGGACAGGAGAAAAUGAGAACUGUGUGGGAAUAUUACAGUGAGAACACCGAUGGGCUGAUGUAUGUUGUGGAUAGUACGGACAAGCAGCAACUGGAAGACUCCAGGAGAGAGCUGAAGCCCAUUUUGAAGAAUGAACUCAUUAAAAAUGUGCCUGUUGUCCUGUUAGCCAACAAACAGGAUGUGCCUGGAGCUCUGACUGCCAUCACCAGAUGGCAGGACAUCACCAGAAUGUUCAGAAUGAAGCAGCUCUGCAGUGACCAGAACUGGAAUGUUCAGCCCUGCUGUGCCAUCACUGGGGAUGGACUGAUGGACGGGUUCAGGAAACUGACUGAAUUUGUGAAAAGCCACAUGAAAUCAAGAGGAGACACUUUAGCAUUCUUUAGGUAGAACUGAGAUCCAAGCAGUGACAUACUGGUGAAGUUGAAAGGGUAACUUUUUUUCGAUGCCAAAUGAGAAAAGCAAGUUGCUGAGUUAGCAAACUUGUCCUAAGAUGUUAUUUCACCUAAAUUCAGCUAAAACAUAGAAUAAUAUCUAGACAAUAUUAUUUUUGGCCAGGCACUUUAGUUAACUAUGUGGUAAUGAUAGUUGAGAAUGAAAAUUUUACAAUUUUGUAUAUGUUGGAUUUAUGUAUGAAUCAGAAUAAUCGUGUUUGGGACCAAAUAAAUUAUUGCUUUAUUGUUUUUAUAUGAUGACUAGAACAAAGUUUAAGUAAACUGCUAAUAGAGUCAGAAUUCUUUCAGAUGGUUUCCAGCUGUUACAGUAUUGAAUUUCCAUCACACUCCUGUGGAAUAGUUAGUAAAAAAUAGAACUUUAAAUUAUGGAGAGGAAAAAGUUUGAUGUUAACAUCUUGUAAAUCCCUAUGACUUAAAUGAAGACUUUUUCUGGAUUCCUGCAAACUCUUAGAAAUAUAUUGGUGGGAACUUCUGACAGUGAGUCAAACAAGGAACUUCAGGCUAUUAAUUGCCCAGAAACAUAGGAAGAUGUUUAUCUCUUAAAGUUCUGGGGGUCAGGCUAGC